AUGAUCAAACCAAAAGAAAGGUUCAUGUCCGAGGGGCAGGGCUACUUUGGACCGAGCGAGAAUCCCAAGACCGAAACUCAUUGCAACGUCUGGGAUUGGGACCAGCUACGCAUGAUCAAGGUCAAGGGCACGGCAAAGCUCUUUCCGCCAGAUGAGGACGUUGAGGUUCCAAUAUUAGCACGCUUCGCUGAUUACCUAUCACCAGAGGUUCGAGCGGUCACUGUCGACGACCAAGGGCUUAUUUGUGAAGUCUCCAAUGAUCCCGAGGAGGACGACACCAUGUUUGUUGGAUAUCUUCCUUUCUCGAUGACUGAGUCACUUCAUGAAUGCCGCACCAUCCGGUACUCUCAAUUGCAAGAGCUCGAUCGGCUUGGGCCAGGUGUUGACUUGUCGUCAUAUUCUGAUGAAUCCGGAACAUCACGAACGGUUGCCUUCAAAUUUAAUCCUAUUGGAAAGGCGCGAAGACUGGAAAUGUCAUGGAAGGAACUCAACGUCGUCAAAAGUUUACCCUCGCAUCCAAACAUAGUGCCGUUUGACAGCGUAGUCCUUGAGGAUGUGGAGUCUCGAGUGAUUGGAUUCGCGACGAAGUAUAUCCCUGGUGGAACCCUUGACGAUCCAAAGCUGCCCUUUCGUCUGGAGUGGCUACGCCAACUGACGGAGCUCGUCGACUUUCUGAAUCUAGAUCUUGGAGUCAUGCAUCAAGAUAUUGCACCCCGAAACCUACUCAUUGACCCUGACACACAAAAGCUUCUUCUCUUCGAUUUUGACUGGGCUGCUUGUGGGAAGCAGAACUUACUGGACGGGCGAGAUGAUGUCACUGGUGUCGUGUUCACAUUAUACGAACUCAUAACGGGUGAUACACAUUUUACGAGCAUACCUCACUGGGAUCGAAACGUGGACGAUGUACAGAACAAAACAGAGUGGAUCUGCAACCGCGAACUUGACUCUGACGUGCUGACCUUUCGCACAUUUCUGAAUGAGUGGGUGACGACUCGAAAGUCCUGCGAUGACAUGGAACGAUAUCUCAGUGCCCCCAACCGAAUAACAUUACCGAAUUUACCAACACCGCCAGACCUUGGUGUACCCUACGAGUGUGGUACCACUGCGGACGGAGAGACGGUAUGGGUAACUGGUCACAGGAUACGACGAGUUGCUUUGGAGAAGGGACAGUAUGUCUUCCGCUGGCAAAGGCCGUCACAGGGUCAGCUGAGAGAGUCCAAAACCGGCAUCAUGUGA